GCGCUGUGAGGCGACGUGCCAGGUUGACGUGGGAGGAGGCCAGCGUUCUGCAGCAGUUCUGUCACCUUACCUACCAGAUGCGAAGCAGGUCAGCUUCACGUCGGCCUUAUCGGAGCCCGCAGAGGACCAGCGCGUCGCUUCCCUGAUCCGCACGGCGGUGGCCAUCCUCAGCCGGGGAAUCGCAGUCUCCGACGUCCAGGUGCUCCAGCAAGCGUCGGGGCGACUUCUGUGGAUUGAUUUCACUGAGGCGGUCCGCCUUCAGAUUGUCGGUGGCUCCCAGGAGAGCUUGUCGGUGAAGCAUCCGAGCUUCAGCCGCAGCUUCGAGACGAGCGAGGCCGCGGCACUGAGCUUCGUGGCCGAGGUCUUUGCCCUGGUUCCUGCCAGCUCCCGUGGGGCUGCGCUCCGUGCCCUUCGCGUGGCGGUCUGUGAGACGAAAGGCCCAGGAGCCAUCUACAACAAGCUCUGGGGUGAAAUGCCGUGGCUCGAGGAUGGUGCGGAUGUGGACCUGAGCUGCGAAGCGGGAUGA